UGAAAUUUGGUUGAAUAAGGACUUGAGGUUGAAUAGAAUUUGGGUGGCGCGAUGGCUUUUCGAGGACGAGGACGCGGCCGUGGCGGCGGCGGCGGUGGCUUUGGCUCCCGCGGGAUCAGCGUGGCAGACAUCGUUGGCAGCACCAUGGACGAAUUGGGCAUGUCACAUACCCAAUUGGUCAAUCUAUCGGGAGAAGGCAACGCGCUCUUUCCACCUGUGAAGCUGCCGGCGCCUGUGAAGCUCUCCGACUCAGACAUGUACCUGGUGCACAAGAUGCGUGUGGUCUCCGAUCGCAUGAACCACCUUUAUCCUGUCGCGAAAACCGCCGACUCGGACUUGGAGGUCGUACAUGUCACCGUCCCAGAGGUGUCGUUGGACGACCCGCAUAUGUGCUACGUGCCGAAAGAGAUCAACGAGAACAUCCGACAUGACGGCGGUAGAAGUGUCGGCGGUGGCGCCGUCACCCCCAUCCUUCGACCGCGCGCGUUCGAACACACGCUCAAGUCGUUGGAGCAGCGCGAACAAAAGUCGAAAGGCGGCGUCGACGAUGCUGUCGUUGCCGCCGCCGACGACCUCGACAUGGACGACGACGACAUGGAAGACGACGAAGAUGUGGAUUAUGGCGUCGACCAUUAUGCGAGUGAAAACGACGAAGACAAUUAUGACGAAGAAGCUUUUUAAAACACUGAAAGUUUGUAUGCACACAUGGGAUUUUUUUGGAAAACGAAAUCACCCCCCUUUUUCCCGAGUUCAGACCCGACUGCAACGCCAUCCCCAUAUUUACUUAGACCACGCGCUCGCCAGGGAGGAGCGCUUGGCUGCCGCCGCCCUUGUUCGGAUCGUCGUCCUCGUCCUCUUCUUCUUCCUUGGGGUCCUUGUCCAAUGGCCCGCCGCCGUUGAUGUGGUCGUAUAAGACUGCUGGCGCCAGGUUCAUGAGCUUGGGGCGGGAAAUGACAUCCCCAGGACGCGGCCGAGUUCGCGGACGUCCACGGGGCUUGCCAGAUGUACUUCGCACCUUUUUCUUCAGGUCAUCAACCAAGACUAGAACGCACCUUGGUCAUGGAAUAAGAGUACGUGGACGAAGACGCAAUACCUUCCCUGGACACGUUGGCUGUGCUUGAGUGGUCUUCCACAGAUCCUGCCUUCAUGACGGAAGCGGUGGCGCUGCCGUCGUGGUCUUUCCCGUUCUUGACUUGUGGAGCAACCAUGAUCGGGUUCAUAGGGAACUUGAAUCCCAUUGGCAUCAACGGCAUACCGAAUGGCCACAUGGGCAUGGAUAGGGGUUGAUCGGCGGAGUUGAUCGAAGGCGUCGACUGCUGGGCCAGCGACUUCUUGGACGGCCGACCGCGCUUCUUUUUCUUCGGGAUUUCGUCGACCAGUCCAACCCCAGACCCUUGGGGGAAAGGCAGCAUCAUGGGCAUCAUCAUCGUCAUGGGAAACAUCAUUGCCGUCAUAGGUAUGACCGGUGCAGUCGCCGCAGUAUCUUUCUUUGGGAGCUCCUUCUUGUCCGCAGCGACAGCGUCAUCAGCCUUGUCGGUUGGCUUCUUGUCAUUGUCCUCCUCGAGAUGAUGGGUUGCGGAAGCGAUUUCUGAUUGCUCAUCAUCCUCUCCAUGGCUUUCCUCAUCUCCACUUGCGGUAGUUCCAUCGUCUUCUAGCUUGGGAAGCUUGCGCUUCUUGCGCGGCACCAGGUCGUCGUGCUGCUGCUGCUUCAUCGUGUUUGGAAAUU